ACGAGCCACGUCACCACGGUUGUUGCGUUCAGCGGCGAUAUCAGUUCGGUCAACCCAUGGUGGCAUACCGCGAUCUUGGCUUCGCUGCGAGAGUGGACGGAGCAGGUCUCCAACGUGUGGCAGCACGGUCUCGCCCAACCAGGGCACAAUCUCCUCCCGACCUUUGCACCGGAUCUUGGCGACAUCCGUCGUUCUCCACGCGAGCCGCCAAUUGCGAUCCCCACCCUCGUCCCCUUCCCACGUCCCCAAUGAACCACGCCGAUCCCCUCGCUCCUCUCUCCAUCUUCGGUCUCCCCUCUCUUUUCCCCACCUUCUGGCAAUCCAAUCUUCAUCCUUCUCUUUCUUUCUCGUUCGAACCUCUCUCUGUCCCGCUUAUUAACCCUGCGCAUUUGCGGUUGUGGCGCGAAACUUUCAACGAGCUGUCCUUCUGCUUGGCUCGAGUACAGGUGACGCGGACGCAGACCAGCGAGCAUCCCGCGUGGAUCGAAAAUUUGGAGCUGCUGAUCAUCCAAGCUUGGAGGACUAACGUCGAAGGCGAUCUUCUCGGCUUUCUCUUUGGAUCGGUACGGCCGGGCCGUCGCCAGUUGAUUGCGCAGGAGCUCAUCGCGCCGAUCGUGCAAUUGGCAGACGACCUCUCGCCUGACAUCUAUUCGCAAAGUGACGAUAGCCCUGCUCCGUACGUUCUCGAGCGAUCGUUGGAUCCGUACCUUCAGUGGACUGCGUGCUUGGAGGAGCCCAGGGACGAAGAUACUCUACCAUCACGGCAGGAGUAUCUAAAGCCUUACGACAUCAUCCCUCACGCCUUCUAUCCGAAGGCGGAGGAAGUGGUGAUCGACGACGACGAAGAAAACAACGACGAGGAAACGUUGGAGGAGGGAAGCUAUAGCGAGUAUAGCGAGGGCGAGCUGAGUGAAGAAGAAGCAGAGGAGGAAGAAGAAACCGGAUCUGAGUGGGAAGCCUUGCCGGAGGAAGCGGCGCGCACGGGCAUGGAGGCGAAAGAUCCGGAAGCAGCGCAAAGGCGCGAAGAAAUUGCCACCGGGAUUCGCCAGUGGAGCCAGCUUGCGCAUCGGUAACGAUCCGACCAGGGAUCCGGAGCCGCCGAAGCCCGAAGAUGGCGACCCAGCAGCCGCCACCUCAAGCACCGCGCGA